AUGGAGACCGCGGCGGCCCCGGCCCCGGCCCCGGCCCCGGCCCCUGGCCCGCCGGGCUGGGGCGGCGAGGGCGCCUCUCAGCCGCGGCGGCAGCGGCGGUGCUCGCGGCGGGACCGGGAGCGGCGGCGCCGGGGCGGGGGGCGGCGGGCGGCUGCCGGGGACGCGCCGCGGACGCUGCUGGGGGCGGCCUCGGCGUUGCUGCCUUCGUCGUCGUCGUCGUCCUCGCCCCCGCCGCCGCCGCCCCCGCCGCCGCCGCCGCCCCCGGCCCGGCCCUGGUCGUCCGCCUCCUCCGGGGAGCGAGGCAGCCCCCGGGGAAAGAGGCGUCGGCGUCGGCCCCCCCGGCCCCGGGGCAGGAAGCGGCCCCCCGGCUCGGGCAGCCGAGGAGAAGAGGAGGACGACGACGAAGAGGAGGAGGGUGAGGAGGAGGAGGAAGAGGAGGAGGAGGACCUCAUCGAUGGUUUCGCCAUCGCCAGCUUCGCCAGCCUUGAGGCCCUGCAGAAGGAUGCAUCCCUUCAGCCCCCAGAACGACUGGAACAUCGGCUAAAACAUUCCGGAAAGCGGAAGCGGGGGGGUGUAGGGGGGGGCCGAGGGGAGCCAGGAGACAGCUCAGAUCGGGAGACUGGCCGGCCCCCAGGGGACCGUGCCCGAAAAAGGCCCAGCAAGCGAAGGAGGAAAGAGGCCUCCUCCCGACACUCUCUGGAAGCCGGAUACAUAUGUGACGCGGAGAGUGACCUGGACGAAAGGGUCUCUGAUGAUGACCUCGACCCAUCGUUUACUGUCUCAACCAGCAAAGCCUCGGGCCCCCAUGGCAACUUAAAUGGGAACUGUGAAGCGAAACUCUCUGUGAUCCCCAAAGUGUCGGGGCUGGAGCGGAGUCAGGAGCAGCCCCCAGGACCCGACCCGCUGCUAGUGCCUUUCCCUGCCAAGGAGCCACUGCCUCCACCGGCCCCCCGACCCCCAACCACCCCCCCAGCCCCAAUGCCAGCCCCUGUCAGCCUGCCACCCCCACCCCCACCCCAAUUGCAGCUCCGGGUUUCACCCUUUGGCAUCCGCUCUUCCACUUAUGGCAGCGGCCUGGACCUCAGCACUGGCAGCUCUUCGAGGCCACCCCCGAAGGCUCCUGCCCCUCCAGUGGCCCCACCUCCACCUUCUUCCUCUUCCUCUUCCUCUUCCUCUUCCUCAUCUUCUUCAGCUCAACUUUCCCAUCGGCCCCCCACACCCUCCCUGCCCUUGCCUCUGGCCAGCCAUGGCUUCCCCCCUACGGGGCUACGGGCUCCUCCUCCACCACCCCAUCCUGCUCUAUUCUCUCCUGGCCCUACUCUUCCCCCACCCCCACCUUUGCUGCAGGUGGCAGGCCACCCUGGGGCUGCAACAGCCAGUGCCCUCUCUGAGCAGGAGCUGAUGCGGCAGGACCUGAGCACUCGGUUCCUGAGCGCCCAGGGAGGCCCCGAGGUGGGGGGGGCAGGGGGCUCAGCCCGGCCCCUGGCCUUCCAGUUCCACCAGCACAACCACCAGCACCAGCACACCCACCAGCAUACCCACCAGCACUUCACCCCCUACCCUCCUGGCUUGCUGCCCCCCCACGGCCCCCACAUGUUCGAGAAGUAUCCAGGAAAAAUCGAAGGCCUUUUCCGGCAUAACCUCUAUGCGGCCUUCCCCCCUGCUGUCCCUGGCCUCCCCCCUGGUCUGCCUCCUGCUGUUUCCUUUGGUUCUCUGCAGGGGGCUUUCCAGCCUAAGAGCACGAAUCCAGAACUGCCACCACGACUGGGGCCGGUCCCCAGUGGGCUGCCCCAGAAGGGGACACAGAUUCCUGACCAUUUCCGACCCCCACUGAGGAAACCAGGAAAGUGGUGUGCCAUGCACGUGCGAGUGGCCUACAUGAUCCUGAGGCAUCAGGAGAAGAUGAAGUUAAUGCAGGGUGAUCCUCACAAGCUGGAUUUUCGGAACGACCUUCUGCCCUGCCUCCCUGGGGCCUAUGGAGGGCUUCCCCCGGGGCAGGAGCUCUCCCACCCAGCUUCCCUCUUCACCGCGACAGGUGCUGUCCAUCCUGCUGCCAACCCUUUCACAGCAGCUCCUGGGCCCCCUGCAUCCUUUCUGAGCCCUGGUACCCACAUUGAUCCUUUUGGGCGACCUACCAGCUUUGCGUCCUUGGCUGCCCUCUCCAAUGGGGCCUUUGGGGGCCUGGGCAGCCCUACGUUCAACACUGGUGCUGUCUUUGCCCAGAAAGAAAGCCCAGGGGCCCCUCCUGCCUUCGCCUCUCCUCCUGAUCCAUGGGCCCGGCUGCACCGCGGCCCCCCUGCCUUUCCUGCUUGGGCCCGACCCCCUGAGGCUGCACGGACGCCUGGCUCGGACAAAGAGCGUCCGGUGGAGAGGCGAGAGUCCUCAGCCCCCAAAGAGGAGAAAGAUAGGGAUCUCCCAUUUUCCCGACCACAGCUUCGAGUUUCCCCAGCCACCCCCAAGUCCCGGGCCGGGGAGGAGGGGGUAAGACCCCCCAAGGAGCCUGUGAGGGUGAAGGAAGAGAGGAAGGAGGAGGUCCCUGGGCCUCCCAGCCUACACCUGCUUUUUGAUCGGCCCCGACCACCCCCCUUCCUGGGUCCCAGUCCUUCUGACCGAUGUGCCCCCUUCUUGGAGCCCUGGCUGCCAGGCCCUCCACGCCUGGCCCGCCCCCCACGAUUCUAUGAGGCUGGGGAGGAGCUGGGAGGGGCAGGAGCUGUGGCCACAGCUCGCCUGUAUGGUCUGGAGCCUACCCAUCCUCUACUCUAUGGUCGCUUGGCCCCCCCACCUCCUACCGCAGCCCCCGGGCCCCCUCAGUUGCUUAGCAAGACACCUCCUGGGGCCCUCCUUGGGGCUCCGCCCCCCUUGGUGCCCGCCCCUCGGCCUGGCUCCCCCCCUAGGCCACCAGGACCACCCAGAGCUGACAGGUGAGGGGAGGGGAGGGGCUGGGGGUAGAGCUCCAUUUUCCUCCCCCCUUUUUCACUUCCCCACCCAGCCUGAGGGUGGAGGUUGUGACUCUACAUGGGAGGGCAAAGGUCAUGACCCCAUGGCGUCUGUGGAAUUGUCUUGGGGUCAGAGUUCACUACCCCAGCCAUGGGAUCAUCCUGAAAAUAGAGGUCCCAGACCCACCCACCCCACAAAGGGGUUAAGUGCAAGAGCCACUCUCUAGAGGGAUGGGGGUCACCUGGAGGGCAGAGGUUGUGACCACCUGAGAGGCAGUGCUGUUCCUUCUCCUUUUCCCAUCCCCUCCCCUUUCCCCUGUUAAGUCUGGGCUCCCUCAGAGGGUCCCUUGGAUGCUAAGCCUCCCGACAGCCUUCUGUAGGCUUAUCAAGCCUGAGGCCAAAGUCACACACACCCAGGCCUCUUGUUCCCCCUUCCCUCCUGGGGGGAAGCAGGGUGGGGCCGCUGGGACAUCAGAAGUCACCAGUGACCCUCCUUCAUAGGGUCAGAGAAGAUGGGGGGGGGUUAGGGGGGAGGGGGGUUCCCUGUACAUAUUUAUCUCCCCUUCCACACCGGCCCCCCCCCCAGGUGUUUUGUACAUUUUUACAGGGGUGCCCCCCUCAGCCCAACCCCUCUUCCCCCCUCCCUUGUUUAAUUAAAUCCUCAGACUGGUGCUCUGUUCCCAGCCUCUCGCCUCUCUGUCUGGGGGGAGGGGGGAAGGAAGGGGGAAAGCCUGGUGGGAAGUUGGGGUUGGGAACCCAGCAGGAGGUACCAGGGACUUGGCUUUAUUUUCCUCAGGAAAUUGGUGAUUUAGGUGAGGGACAAACAUGGGGAUGGCCUCCCUGAGUCUGUCAGUUGGACCAGGAUAAUCUCACCCUGCCCUUCUAGGAGGAAUCCUAGAAUCCUCUGAUUGGCUGGCAAGGCCGCCUCCCUCCAGCCUUAGACCUUGUCAUCCCCAGGCUUCCAGUAGCCUGAACUCUUAAGCCUCAGAAAUUCUGUCCCUCAACGUGUGUAGGUCCUGGUGCUCUGGACCAGGCAUCCCCCAGGAGGCAUUUUCCUAUUCCCAAGAGUCUUGGGGGCCUCCUGUCCUAAGGCAGAACUUGGUGUCUACCUUUAUGCUGCUUCCUCCUCUCAGAGUCCCUGAAUUCCCUGGCAGGGAGGCUGAAUUCAUCAUGUCCCACAGACCAAAGAACAGGGGACGGAGCAGAGCAAGGCAGGCAGGUCCUUGGAAGCUACCUGCCUUCCUGAACUCUUCCUAAUUAUAACCCUAGCCCCAGCCUGGCCUCAGGGAGUUGCAGGUACCCCUGUGUUCUGGGGCCACCUUAGAGACUAUUGAGGUGGUGGGUUUGUUUAAAAACAAAGAAAUUCAGUUGGCUCCCUCCAUGGGGUAAAUGGGGGAUGUUGGCUCUGUAAUAUUUGCGGAUAUUUAUAUAAAAAAGGAGUGUUA